UUGCAUUUUAAUGAUGUUUUACGUAAGUACUUGCUUUGCUGUUGUAGUCUACACAUUGUGAAGUACAGCUUGGCAUCGUCAUGCGUUCGAUACCUCUCUGGGCCGCAGUUAAGCGAUGUGUUUCCUACGGAAAGAUGUGACUGCAAACUGCGAGGUUAUGACGUCAUCAAUAAUGCCCGUUACAACAAAGGGAUGGCAUUUUCGAGAAAAGAACGGCAACUGCUGGGUUUUAACGGUUUGAUGCCUGCGGCCGUCAUGUCCCAGGAGAAACAGUGUCAACGGGUACUGCUUAAUUUGGCGGACCAACCGAACGAUCUGUACAGAUACAUGGUUUUAAAUGCUCUGCAGGACCGAAACGAAAAGUUGUUUUAUCGCGUUAUCUGCGAGAAUGUUGACCAGCUAAUGCCGAUUGUAUACACACCUACUGUUGGCCUGGCAUGCCAGAAGUUUGGUCUUAUUUAUCAAAAACCAAAGGGCCUAUAUAUCACGAUUCAUGAUAAUACGGUGGAAAGAAUUUAUCACAUUUUAUCCAACUGGCCUGCUGUCGAUAUAAGGGCAAUUGUUGUUACCGAUGGCGAGCGUAUUCUUGGCUUGGGUGAUCUUGGUGCGUACGGUAUGGGUAUUCCUGUAGGUAAGCUGUCGCUUUACGUCGCUCUGGCUGGCGUACAGCCGUCGUGGUGCUUGCCGGUAGUGCUUGAUGUUGGAACUGAUAAUCAGUCUCUUCUGGACGACCCAUUCUACAUCGGGUUGAAACAUAAGCGAAUACGCGGCGACAUUUAUUAUAAUUUCAUCGACAACUUCCUAAAGGCUGUAGUAAAGCGAUUUGGCCAGGUAUGCCUUGUGCAGUUCGAGGACUUUGCCAAUCACAAUGCUUUUCACUUCCUCGAUAAGUAUCGAAAUCAGUAUUGUACUUUCAACGAUGAUAUUCAAGGUGAGUUAUUCAACGUUCGUUUAUAG